AUGCAAGUGUAUUUGAGAACAAACAUCGACUAUGAUCCCAAGAUGGAGGUCGAGCUGAUUGAAGCCGUCAAGCAGCAGAUCAACGCGUACGGGCUGCAAAAGACAAAAAUCGUGUGGAAGAUCAAGAAGAUUGGCGGGGCGUUUAUGCUCAUUUUCGAGAGCGACGACGCUGAGCUGGGAUGUACGCAAGUGGAGGGCUACAUUCGAGAGUCAGCCUUGCAGCUCGAUAUGGUAAGCAUAACUGGAAGUAUUUUCGAAUUAAAUGAUGAUUUUACC